GCUAAAGUCUCUUACAGAAGAAGCUCACUAUAGACUAGGAAAGAAGAAAGAAGGGAAAGGAAAAUUACAAGGGAGCAAUUGCAUCAUCUAACGCGGCAGUAUGCUUGCUCUAGAGGUCGGAGAAGGAGGAUUCUGGAUUCACGGUUCACCAAUCAACAACGCAAUUAUCAAUUUGUUGCUGAAUUAAAUUUUUAUUAUUGAAUAAGAAAAUAAACUCUCACUACCGCUACCUGUCAGACCAGACUGCCACUGUAUAUUCAUUCAAAUUCCCGGAACCGACUAAAAAUWUUCUCCCCCUCCUCUCUCUCUUCCUGAUGAAAAUUUGUUAGGGGCUUUUAAUGGCGGAAAUGUAGCGGUGAAAUUAGAGUGGAGACUCAGUUUCAGAAACUAGGGUUUGCGAUACUUGGACGAAAUGCCCAUUACAAGGUACCAGAUAAGAAACGAGUACAGCUUAGCCGAUCCGGAGCUGUACAGAGCUGCCGAUAAAGAUGAUCCCGAAGCGCUACUUGAAGGCGUCGCCAUGGCCGGACUCGUCGGCGUCUUGCGUCAGCUUGGAGACCUCGCCGAGUUUGCCGCAGAGAUAUUCCAUGACUUACACGAAGAAGUAUUGGCUACUGCUGCUAGAGGCCAUGGGCUGAUGGUUCGUGUUCAACAGCUUGAGGCAGAAGUUCCAUCAAUUGAGAAAGCAUUUCUUUCCCGAACUAGUCAUUCACAAUUCAUCUACAAUAGAGGUGUUGACUGGCAUCCUAAUCUUCGAAUGGACCAAAAUCUGGUUAGUAGGGGAGAUUUACCUCGAUUUGUAAUGGACUCCUACGAAGAAUGCCGGGGUCCACCUCGGUUAUUCUUGCUGGACAAGUUUGAUAUUGCUGGUGCUGGAGCAUGUUUAAAGCGAUUCUCUGAUCCAUCAUUCUUCAAAGCAGAAUUAACCUCUUCUGAGUCCAAAAAAGCAGAAAUUCAAAGGGAUAAGAGAGCUCGAAAGGUCAAGAAAAAAGGAUCACGCUGGAGGAAUGGAGAGACCCCAGAGGCUCUCCCAGUACCCCAUACCAAAUUGCAUCAAUUACUUUUGGAGGAGCGUAGACAGACUGAAAAUAAUGCUCCUGGACAUCGUGCAAAGUUGAAGAAGAGGCAGUCAAACCAAUUUCCUUUUGGUUCAACAACCGGGAAAAGUUACAUGGAGAAAUUUGUGGAGAUGCAUUCACCUGAGUGCAAAAUUGUCUGUGAAAGUUCUUUAACUUACACUAACCUGCAGAUGGCAUCAAAAGAGACUAGUGAGUUGGUUCCUGAAAUACAUGAAAUUGGUACUGCAGAUCCUCCUUACAAAUUAUUGCAAGGAAAGAGAAGCUUGGUUAUGUCUCAUAUUAAACAAGAAAAAGAGCUAGAACCAUCCAUGAAGGAGUUGCAUGAGGAUGCUGUUGAGAGAGGAAUCUUGAAGAAGCUGCCUGAACCAAUUACCUACACUGAGAUAGAGAAAAUUCCAUACACCUUUUAUAAACCUCAAGAUCAAAAGGAAUCAUCAGAGAAUGAAAAAGAACCUGUGGUUGAUAUGGGAAGAAAAUUAGAAGCCAUUGGUGAUGGAUAUCGAUCUGAUGACAUUCUGUACACCUUUUAUAAACCUCAAGAUCAUAAGGAAUCAUCAGAGAAUGAAAAGGAACAUGUGGUUGAUAUGGGAGAAAAAUUAGAAGCGAAUGGUGAUGGAUAUCGAUCUGAUGACAUCACCAGUGAGGUGGAUAAUUAUAUGGAUGCCCUUGCUACCAUGGAAUCAGAAAUGGAAACUGAUACUGAGAGUAAAACUAAGAAGGAGAGAGGCAUUUUCAGCAUUGAAAGGCAGGGAAUAGAUUCUGAUACUAAUGAGGAACAACUAGAGCUCCAAAAUCAGUUUCUGGACUCCCAUUCUGUUGGAGAAUCCAGUUCUUCAGAUAAUGGGAAAACUUCAUUCAGAAAGGGAAGAUCAAGCUUUUCCAAUUUAGAUACUUUAAGCACUUCUGCUAACAAUGCUCCAUCAGAUGGCGAUGUGGCAGCCAAAGUGUAUCCAUCUAUUGAUACCUGCCUGGGUGAACGUGCAGAUGUGUCUUCCAAAAUGUUCUCUGUUGAUGGGGAUAGUUUAGCAAUUGAAUCCUCAGAAAAUGUGAUCCGCAAUGGUUCUUGCAAUGAAGUAUCUGAGGUCCCAAGUUACAAAUCUGAGUUCAGUCAAAGAUCUAGUUCCUCUGUCACAGAUCAGUCCCAAUUAAGCAUCAAUUUGGGUGAACUUCAUUUGCAGCAGCCAGAAUUGGAUGAGAUCUCCUAUGACUCUCUAAAAGCUGGUACUAAGGGCUCAUCUAUUGAUACAUUCCUGGCUGGACUUGCAGAUGUAUCUUCUAAAAAGCAUGGGAAUGAUUUAGAAAUUAAAUCCUCAGAAAACAUGAUCCUUAAUGGUUCUUGCAAUGAAUUAUCAGAUGUCCCAAGUUACAAACCUGAGUUCGGUCAAGCAUCUAGUUCCUCUGUCACAGAUUCAGCUUCUAUUUCGUCCCAUUUAAGCAUCAAUUUGACUGAGCUUCAUUUGCAGGGACCAGAAUCAGACGAGAUCUCCUCCGACUGUCUGAAAGCUGGUACCAAGGGUUCAUCUUCAACUAUUGAAGAUGACAGGAAAAAUUCAAUUAUGGAUUUAUCUUGUCCAACAAAUGUCUCAGAUCUCUCUUCCGAGGUGAGAGAUAGUUUUCUUCAUUUGGGGUCUGCCAAAGGCGAGCCUGUGGAGGAACUUGAUGGUGUGAAAAAUGAUUUUCUCCAUUCAGUGUCUGACAAAAAACAACUUAUGGAAGAAUUGGAUGGUGGGGCCCUUGGUAGAUCUCCAGCUGCUUCACUGAAUCUGUCUUACAUUUCAAACCUGGCUCCUGAAAGGGAAGACAAUGGCACUUCUUUUGAAGAAGUGCAUCCUACAGGGUAUCCUGAAGAUGGUUCCACUGAGAACCUUGAUUCACAAAAUUCUGUUAUUUUGCCUACAGAAGAACAGGUCCAUGACUUGGUAGGACAUGACUUGGAAGCUAAUAUAGAUACUGUACAACCUGAAUAUUUACCUUGUACCACCUGUGAUGAUCUAGAAGACGUUAAUCCUGAAAGUAAGGUUGUGGAAACAGAUACUGUUGUUCUAUUAACAGGAAAAAACUCAAGAUAUUGUGAAGACAGUUCUGCUGGAAGCUCUGAUUCACCAUAUGCAGUUUUGCCUACAGAAGAACAUUUUGAAGGCUUGUCGGGAGGAGAUGUAGAAGCUUCUGCAUGUUCAGCACCACUUGAGCAUGCUUGUACUACACUUGAACAUUUACCUGCUUCUAUUGCUGCAGGUUCUGUGGAAAUUGCAGAGUCUGAUGUGGAUAGAGUUACCUUGUCAACAGCAGUGAACUCAGAAUACUUGAAACCAGAAUUGUAUAUUCUGAGUGAUGCAGAGUCUGAUAUUCCAAGAAUUGGUCAUUUUGUUGAAGAUGAUGUUCUAGAAAGGAAAAUUAAGGUUCCACCACUGGAAUUGGUUCAGGAAGCUGAUGGCAAAGACCAUUCUGAAGUGAAAAUGAAUUCCAACAAUCUUGAAGAACAGCCUAGUACAUGUGAUAUCAUGUUGAAAGAUGAAGCUAGACUUGAUGUUCCAGGAAGUACAGAUUGGGUUCCAUCAGUUGAAUCAGAUCAGGAAAAAUAUGGCAAUGAGCAUUCUUAUGUGAAAACAUCUUCCAACAAUCUGGAAUUACUAUCCGAUACAUCUGAUAUUAGGAUAAAAGAUGAACCAAGAAGUGGUAUGGUCCAUUUGAGUCCCUGUGAUUCAAUGGGAAUCUCUGCUCUUUGUCUUGGAAUUCCAUCCAUAUGUGACGUGCCUAGUUCUCCAAAGCCAGCAUUGAAUGAAACUCAUUUAGAUGAUUUAACAACUGAAACAGUUCAUGCGGAAACUGAUGGUUAUGAUGAUGCUGAUAAAGAUGAUGCAGUAAGUGAAGCUGUUCAUGCAGACAUUAAUGAUUAUGAUGAUGAUGAUGUGCACCCAAAUCUGAUAGGUUCUCCUUCCAGUAACCAGAUAAAGUUGCAAGAAGAAUAUAUUUGCAAUGGGAAUUCAGAACAAUCCGAAUUGGAAGUAACUGAGGCCUGUGGUACAAAACAUAUUUUAGAACCAGAUGAUCAAAAGGAAGUGAAUCAACUAGAAAUUAUCACCGAGGAUUUGAAGUUUGAACACUGUAGAAUGGAGUUUCAUGAUACUUACAGUUCUGAAUUAACUGCCAGUGCUCAUGAUUCAUUGAAGUCGAAUAAUCUUUCUUCCACUUCGGAAUCACUUGAUGUUCAUGAUCAUGCACUGCUGGUUGAACAUGCCACAAGCAAUUUGUAUCUCAAUGAUGGCCUCUGUGCUCCCACACCUUCCAACAAAACCAAUCAAGAAUGUGAACCAAAACCAACCAACCAGAGAAAUCUUUCUGAAAGUGCAGAAGAUGUUAUCCCUUCAUCUACUAGUUUGCUUCCAGAGGGGGGAAUUCCUUCAGAACAAGUAUUGGAAUUACAAGUUGAUAAACCCAGUAUAGACUCUUCGCAUGAUGGAGAGAAUUCCAGAUCAUCUUAUCUUCAGUGUGAACAAACACAAUCUCCAAAUCAUAUUGAUUACAAUGGCUGCUUUACUGUUCCAUCUGAGUCCUCUUCUGUGGAUUCUUUCAAUCAAUAUACUGAGCCGGUACUCUCACCGCAACCUACUACUCAAAAUUUUAAUAUGUCUAAGCAAGCCAUGGACCCAUUGGAUUCAAUACUUCCUAGCUUUGGCAUGUUUGUUGAAGCAACCCAUCAAAAAUUGUUGCAACAACAUCCAAGUGGACCAGCAAUGGAUUUUCCAGUUCCAGAUCCGAAUGCACUACAAUCCAAGUUGGAGAUGCCACCAUUACCACCUCUUCCUCCUAUACAGUGGAGGAUGGGUAAAUAUCGAAAUAGCCCCCUAACUUUGGAGGGAGCAAUGAUACAAUCUAGUUUCAACCCAUUCUUGACACCUAUAGCAGCCACAUCUGAAGAGCAGGCUAAUGAGGGUUUCCCAACACUUAGGGAGGGGUUAACACUGCCUUCCAACCCUUUCUUAUCAUCUCCAGUGAAUGAAGAUGAGAAACCUCAACAUGGUGAUGAAAUGUCUGGAGGAGAAAUAGUACAGUCUAGUCUGAAUCCAUUCUCAUCACAACUAGUGACUGUAGAUGAUGAAAAUAGUAAACAUGGUUUCCAAACCUUUGAACAGAAAAUGUCAAAUCUUAACCCAUUCUUACCAUUACCAUCCCCAGAUGAUGAGAAGCCACAACAUAGUCUUGCUUUAGGGGGAGAACUUGGGCAGCCUAGUUUGAACCCAUUCACCUCACCAUCACCCAUCGAAGAUGUGAAUUCUGGACAUGCUUGUAUCUCUUUACAGGGGGAACCAACGGAGCCCCUGAAGCUGCUGGUAGCAAAACAAAAUAUAGAAGAUGAGAUGCCUCAACAAAGUUCUCUGUCUCCAGGGAGAGCAUCACUGCAUCUAGAUUCAUCUGUACUGCCAGUGACCAUACCAGAUGAGAAGCCUCAGCAUGGUUCAUUUAGUUUGGAGGGAGAAAUGACAUGGCCAGUGAGCACAUCCACACAGCUCCCGAAAGUAGGGGAUGGGAAGGUAAAUGGAAAACUAAUGGAGCCCCUGAACUUAUCAGCAGCAAAACCAAAUAUAGAAGAUGAGAUGCUUCAACAAAAUUCCCUGUCUCCAGGGCGAGGAGCAUCACAAAAUCUGGAUUCAUCUGUACUGCCAAUGGCUUCAGAUGUGGAGAAGCUCCAUAAUGGUUCAUUUAGUUCAGAGGGAGAGAUGAUGUGGCCAAUGAGCACAUCUGCACAACUCCCUAAUUUAGAAGAUUGGAGGAUAAAUGGAAAGCCUUGGAGACAACCUCGGCCUAGAAACCCUCUCAUUGAAGCUGUUGCCUCUCAUGACAAAAGCAUGUUAAGAAAGGUGACAGAACGGGUUCGGUCUCUGAUUGAACCAAAGAAGGAUGAAAGAGAUUCAUUACUAGAACAGAUAAGGACUAAGUCAUUUAACCUAAAGCCUGCAGUCACAACAAAACCCAGCAUUCAGGGUCCCAAAACCAAUUUGAACGUUGCUGCCAUUUUGGAGAAAGCAAAUGCAAUUCGCCAGGCAUUAGCUGGGAGUGAUGAAGAUGAUGAUGAUUGGAGUGAUUCUUGAAAACCAUUCGUUUUCUGGGAACAUUGAAACUGCCAUGGUACUUAUCAAUAGCCCAUCAUCAAGCUCUCCCUCCGAAUUAGAGGAUGGAAGGGACCAGGUGUAUCCAUGUGUAAUAUAAUUUUUUUUUUCUCGUCUUUGAAAAUGUAUUCAAUAGUUGAGGUUGUAUUUUACCCACAAAAAGAUCUGUGGGAUCAAAUGAUGUAUUCGUAUGAACUCCGAGUCUCAGCGUGUAAGCGCUAUUUCAACGUCCAUACAUAGUACAUAGCUAUCCAAAGCUUGUUAAUUGUUAUCAGUGGCAUUCUUUUGCAUCCAA